AUGGAAGAUAACAGAUCGAGAGAUGAACUACGGAUCCUGAACGAAAAGGCGUGGAACGGCGAGCUCUUCGAGCCAGAAUCGCAAGACUCCUCGAUGAAGAAGAAUUCAGCCUUUGUUAAGAAGCUGCGUACCUCACUGACAAGAGAUCAGCUGAAGUCUGUGAUCAAUGAUGCCAAUGCCCUGUCAUUGAAGAAGUACCACGAGGAGCUGGUGAUCUCCAUGGAUGAAGGACUAUCAUCAUGCAAAGUACAAGAUACCAAUGCUGCAGUGGAGGUGGUGGGCUUGUUUCAUAGAAGGUUCUGCUCGGACUUCACCCCACUACUGCUGACAAAGCUCCUGGAGAGGCUCAAGACCCCGAAGGAUGAUAUCUCUGAUGCGGAGGACAAGGAGAGAAUCUCCCAGGUGAAAUGUGUCCUGAGAGUGAUUACAGAGUGUUAUGACUUGGGCAUAUUUAGAAGCGCAGACGAUGCCUCUGACGUUCCAGGCUUCAUGGCCAAGAGAUCAUCAGACGGCCUCUUGGUUGCAAUAAUGAAGGAGAUUCUGUCUUAUAAGAUGAACAAGACUUUGUCCAUUGCAACUGUCUUCACAAAGAGGUUUAUCUCUAUAAUUGAAGGUGAUGAUGCUCUGAGACAGUUGAUGUGUUCGUAUACGUCCAAGGCAGUCGAGAGAACAGAAGAACUAAACAGAAGAAUAUAUCAUCAUGACAAGAAGAAGUUCAAGACUGAGAUAAGAACAGGUAAGAUGCUUGAAGAGGUUGAACAAAGAGGGAAAGAAUUGAAUGAACUGUUUGAAGUUUAUAAAUCUGCAGUGGACAUCCUAUGUCCUUUGUUGAAAGUAACACCACCAGAGUUCCCAGAGGUUGAAACGGGAGAGCAAGAAGAAGACGAGGCAACAGUGCUGGCAAAGGCUGAUGGGGUUUGGGCGAACGAGGAUGAAAGGAAAUUCUAUCAGUCUUUCCCAGAAAUACCACAGGAUUAUAUCGAUGGUGCUAAAGACGAUAAAGGCGUAGAGAAGGGAGAGCUGAUGACCGAGUUCUUGACCAAGCUGGAAACCUCCUCAUCCUUAAAGGAAGUUGAUGAAUGUGUAAUGAUGUUUUGGGAGUUUAAACUGACUAAUAAGGCCUCGCUGAAAAGACUGUCAAAGCACAUUACAACGAGCCAGGAGCUGUCAAACUUGAAAACUUAUUCUAGAUUCUUGAAGUCCAAUCAAGUAUUUCUACAGCCUUUCAUUGAUGAAGUUGUUGACUUCCUGGAUAAAGGCUUUAGGUCUCAGAUUUACCGUAACGGGUUGAAUGUUAGAAACAUAAUGUUCUUCUCAGAGAUGAUGAAAUUCGAUCUAAUACCACAGUACCUAAUCUUUCACAAGAUUAGAUCAUUGAUAUUGUCCUUGAACACCCCACAUAACGUUGAUAUUCUCAACAUCUUCUUUGAACUUUCUGGGAAGUAUCUACUAUACACACACACCAAGUUGAUGAACGAUAUGAUAAAGCUGUUGGAGGAUAAAAGGAUGGACUCUUCAUUAUCCUCUGCCACGAAGAUGUCAAUUGCCAACCUGUUUGUAAUACUGAGACCACCGGCGGUGAAGACCUUACAGAAGCAAAAUACCAAGGUGUAUACACCGCAGCAGCUGUUCUUGAAGCAUCUUAUUAGAAAUGAGCUCAAUGUUCGGACAAUUUCAAAGGUUUCACAAAUAAUAAAGAAUGCCAACCUGCAAGAUGAAAAGAUCUUUGAGACAUUGCUUAAACUACUCUCCAAACCUGAAAAGGUCAAGUAUGAGAACAUUUUACCAUUGACAAGAGUCACCAGAAUCGUCCCAAGUGGAUUGAAAACCAUCAUCAUUGAUCAAGUUUUGGAGAAUAUCGUUAGGGAUAUGGAGAUCAAUGACUAUAAGUUCAAUAGAACCAGGGUUGCUCAGUGCACAUAUAUGGCCAUGAUGUUAAACUGUGGUAUAAUUAAAUUGGAGACUUUGAACGAUCUGUUAUUUAAGAUAUUGACGUUUGGACAUCCAAUGAACAACCCUGUGCCUGGUGUCUUUGUUGAAUUAGAUCCACCAGAUGAUUAUAUCCGCAUAACGCUUGUUACUUGUAUGUUACAAGAGCUUGAACCUACCAAACGUAAUAUUGAUGCUUUCACACUCUUCCUACACUUUUUGGAUUAUUACACAUGGACAAAGGAUAUGCCGUUGCCAAAGGACACCGAAAUGAAACUCAUGAGAUGUUAUAAGAGCUUCCAAUUUGUUAAGGGCGAUUCUUUGGUUGAAUGUAUUGAUAAGUUGAGUAAAGCAGUGGAGGCAAGAAAUUUCGUCUCAGAAGGUGGUGGAGUCGACUUACAAAUCGAAGAAGAAGAAGAUGAUGAUGACGAUGAUGAGGAGGAGGAUGAAGAUGAAGAUGACGACGACGACGACGACGACGAAGACGAUGAAGAUGAGGAGGAGGAGGAGGAGGACGACGAUGAUGAGGAGGAAGAAGAUCUUGAUGAAUUGGGAGAUGUGGUUGAUAACGAAUCUGUUGGGUCGAUAGAGGAAGCCGGCUCUGAAGGAAACGAAGGCAAGCUUAGCUACGAAGCGUAUGAAGCCAAAUUAAGAGAAGAGGAAGAGCUCAAACUGGAGCAAGACCUUGAAAGGGAAUUUAAGAAGAUGGUGUUUGAAAGCAUGCACGCCAAUAAGGCAGAUAGAGCGAAGAUUGACAUUCCUCAGAACAUUUCUAUUUCAUCGACAACACCACCUAAACCAUCAAAUUCUGAUAAAGUUACAUUUACACUGAUCACCAAGAACGAUAAAUCAAUGGGGACUCGAAACUUGUCAGUUCCAAUGGACUCCAGAAUUGCCACCAACGUUGCCAAUGAAGACUCCAGAAGAAGAACAGAGAAGAUGAAGUUGAACAAUUACAUCUUGAAAUCGAACUAUGAUGAUUGA